AGCUCGCCGGCCGGAUGCCACGGCGCAUGAUCGCCGGCGGAUCAGAGGUCUGGCUUAGAGCAGAGUCGCGUGCCCCCGGCCAGGCACAUUUGCUGACCUUUAGCCUGACCGCCCCACGUUCCACCAAUAAGGUGGGGUGAAGCUUGCACGGUCAUGGCUGCAACCUUUUCUCACAUUCUUCACAUUCACCUUUAUUUUCUUCCUUCUUUGACUCUCCCGUCCCUCAUUCUUUGUGUGUGUCUUUCGGAUUCACGGGAUUUCAUGAGUAUCAGAAGCAUCAUCCCAGGGUAUUGACACUUGUGCGUUUGCCUAUAACAUGGCUACACAACUGUCUCUUCCGCCGUGAGGAUCUCGCCCGCUCGCUCCGACUGCUCUGCUUGCCUCGCUCUCCUUCAUUCCAACUAGGCUCUUCGGACCUCGCAGGCAAGAUGAAGUUCGGGCAGAACCUUCCCAGAAAUCAGGUCCCGGAAUGGGCGCGAUCGUACAUCGACUACAAGGCAUUGAAGAAGUUGAUCAAAACGGCCCAAACCGCCAUUGACGAGGAGGAAGAGCCGGAUCUCGCAGGCUUCUUCUUUACCCUCGAUCGCCAGCUGGAAGAUGUGGACACCUUCUACAACCGCAAGUAUGGAGAGUUUGCGCGUAGACUGCGCCUCUUGUACGACCGGUAUGGAAUGAUUUCCAAACUCCCAGACGGCAUGGAACAGCAGGAUAUGGAGGACCUGAUUGGCGCGUUGUUGGAGCUGCGCGGCCAGUAUCGCAAGCUGCAGUGGUACGGCGAGGUCAACCGCAGAGGCUUUGUCAAGAUCACGAAGAAGUUGAACAAGAAGAUACCCUCCUCCACCGCGCAGAGUCGCUACAUGUCCACCAAGGUCGACCCGAAGCAGUUCGCCACGAAUGGCAAGCUCACGCAGGAUAUGCGUGCCAUCAACGAGUGGUUGUCGAGCCUUGGGGAUAUCCACGUGGCCGACGAUGCGGACUCGGUCCAUUCUGAGAGCUCGCGAUCAUUGCGGCGGAUACCGUCGGUGGCCAGGCUCAACCUAUCUUCGAGCAGUGUGGAUGCCAUGGAGCAUGCCGUCAAAAAGGACAAUCUCGAGGGCCUUGAGACUCUACUGUCUCUGAUCCCUCCCAAUGCAGCCAGCGAUGCUCAGAAGAAUCUGCGACUGGAUCUACUUCAACGUGCGAUCACGUACAGAUCGAUGCGCUCGAUUGUGUUCUUGCUUCGCCAAGUCUCGUCAAUCGACCAAGAAGACGACAUGAACAAGCGCAAUUGUUUGCACCGCCUCGUCAUCUCCAUCGGCCGGACGCGAGUGAUGGAGCUUUCGGGUGACGCAGAAAAGGCAGCGGGAAUCGCCAAGUCCUCGAUCUACAUCAAUGCCGCCGAAGCGCCCGUUAGAGCACCUGGCUCCUUCAAAGUCGAAGAACGAGAUCCUAAUGCUGAUGUUGGCAAGGAUGAGCAAGCAGAGCAACUCCUGAUAUUCGUUCUGGAGCAUCUGUCCGACUGCCAGAAGCCCGGGAUUUUAAGCAAAGACAACUACGGACGGAUGCCUCUUCAUUACGCCGCGCAGUAUGGGCUAGUGGCCGUGAGCCAGGCUUUGAUGAAGUACAUGCAAGACUGGGAUCUCUUCGAUGUGUCUGAUGGUGUGGACUCGGCGGUCUGGCAAGAUGCGGAUGGUUAUGCUCCGAUCCAUCUGGCGGUGGUUAAUGGCCACUACCGGACGGCGAAGGCUCUUCUGCAUCUGGAUGACCAACAUCAAUUCCUCGACCAUCGAUUGACGAGCAAGCAUGUGGAACAGAGCGGCGCGUCUUUGGCCUUGGCUGCCAAAGCGAAUUAUUCAAAGAUUGUCAAGCUCCUGGUCGAUGCUGGUGUCGACAUCAACUACCAGGAUGAAAAUGGUGAGACUGCACUACACGUGGCUGCACGAUUCGGACACGACGAAUGCGCAGCGACCUUGCUGGAAGGGACAAGCGACCAGCAAAUGAACGUCGAGUUGGUCGAGAAGACUUAUGGUUGGACAGCCUUGUUCAUCGCCUGUGUCGACGGGCACUUCAACAUCGUGAAAAUGCUCAUUCCGAGAAGCAUCGAUGUCACGAAGCCUGACCAAUCCGGCUGGACUCCCCAAGAACACGCGGCAUUACGAGGUCAUCUGGACAUUGCCCGGUUUCUAGCCCAAUUCCCACGGCCUCCAAGUGUUCAACCCAGUCCAAACUUGGCUCCGCAGGAUGGACCUAUGGCGAAAGCCAAGGCGCUGAUGGACCGCCGGUCCAAUGGUGUUUCGAAGGAAGGCUCCACGAACGGACGUCUGCCGGAGCCUGUGAAGGAAUUCGGCCAUCGAUAUCUUCUCGACGAAUCUAUGAUCAACGUCAGCUUGGGCACGAUUGACGAGCGCCAAGCGAAGGACAAGCCGCCGGUGGUUUUGGAUAAUAUCGAAAUCUCCUACGCUCAUGCUACGCAACUGGAUACUGCGCUGUCACUCAUGGUGUCGGCGAGCGGUGCCAGCGGAGAGCGGACUCUGGUGGAUCUUCCAAUUCAAGAGAAUAUCAGCACGUCGCCAUUCACGUUCAAAACAAAGGAUCCCAGCAAGGUCAAGCUGUACUUUGACCUGGUGCCUACGUACGCCGGCGACCCCGAGAAGCCGGAAAAGAGGAUUGCUAGAGGCGUUGCUCUCCUUUCCAGCAUCAAACCUAACAUUGGAUUCACAAAGAUGAGCCUGCAAGGGGAUUUGAGCGUGCCGCUCAUGUCAGCGACAACGUUGGACGUUAUUGGCACCGUCAACUUCAACUUCCUCAUCAUCAAGCCCUUCAGUCAUCCCAACAUGAGCAUCAGCGAGGAUCGCACGUACUGGAAGAAAUCAUCCACACUCGUCAUCGGCCAUCGCGGCAGCGGUAAGAACAUGAAUACCAAGACCUCGCUCCAGCUGGGCGAGAACACAAUCCAGUCCUUCAUCACCGCCGCAAAUCUCGGGGCAUCGUACGUCGAAUUCGACGUGCAAAUGACCAAAGAUCUUGUCCCCGUCAUCUACCACGACUUCCUGGUCAGUGAAACCGGCGCCGAUGUCCCUGUCCAUACCCUCACGCUCGAGCAAUUCCUCGCUCUAGGCGACGGCGGCAACCCCCGCAAGCAUCACUCCACCCGUACCCCAUCUCCCUCCUGGCUCGAGCCGCCUGCCUCCAACGGUACCAACCCCGCCCCGCCCAAAAGCCGCGUGCACCGCUCCCUCUCCGUCGGCGAGGACGUGCGCCCCGACACGCGCGACCGCAUGCGACACACGCGCGACUUCAAAGCAAAAGGCUUCAAAGGCAACACGCGCGGCGACAGCAUCCACGCGCCCUUCACCACACUAGAAGAAAUGUUCACCAAGCUCGACCCAGCAGUCGGCUUCAACAUCGAGGUCAAGUACCCAAUGCUCUUCGAGUCGGAAGAGCAAGGCAUGGACGCCUACGCGGUGGAGCUCAACUCCUUCGUCGACACCGUGCUGGCCAAAGUGUACGACCACGCGCCCAAGGGCCGCAACGUCCUCUUCUCCUCCUUCCACCCGGACAUCUGCCUCCUGCUCUCCUUCAAGCAGCCCUCCAUGCCCGUCCUCUUCCUCACCGACGCCGGCACAAGCGAGGUAGGCGACAUCCGCGCCUCCUCUUUGCAAGAAGCCAUCCGCUUCGCCUCGCGCUGGAAUCUGCUCGGCAUCGUUUCGGCUUGCGAACCCUUCGUGCUGUGCCCGCGUCUCAUCCCCGUGGUGAAGAAUUCGAAUCUCGUGUGCUUUUCCUACGGCGCGUUGAAUAAUAUCGCGGAGAAUAGCAAGUUGCAGGCGCGCGAGGGGAUCGAUGCUGUGAUUGUGGAUAGUGUGGCGCGGGUGCGGAAGGGGUUAACUGGAGGCCCGGAGGGGAUGGCCGCUGCUUCUUCUGAUCCUACUGCUGCCUCUGUUGGGGAGGGGGUGGAGAGGGUGGUGGUGAAUGGUGCGGCGAGGCCUGUGGCUGUUUCUUAAGGGUGUUGGCAUCUCAUGUCCUUGCAUACUGGGAAUCUUGUGGAGUUUUUGGUUGCGAUGUUACCUGAUUUGAUGGAAGGCAGACAGCUCGCGUCUUGAUCGGAUGCUGGGAGCUUCAGGGAUAUGGAUGACGAUGAUCGGGAUUUUCAACAUCUCCGGCCUACUACGACUUUGAUUGGCAAGUGGAGGCUAGAUUGUGCGAGUGAGAGAUGUGAUGGAUAUAACUCGUAUAGACAUGCAGACAUCUAC